UUGUGAAAAUAGCGCAUGGUCUGCUGCAGCAGAGUAACUAUAUUGUAUUAAAAACAUGUCAACUGUUGUAGACGAAAGAGUGACUGAUGAAAUAGAAGCUUUAAAAGCUAUUCUAUUGGAUGAUGAACUUAAUAUUGUACAUAACGAUAGAGGUGAACUGGAGUCAAUCGAAACAAUAGUAUUUCCAUCAACAGGAGAAGAUUCACAAUCUCAGUAUGUAUGUGUUAGAUUAAUUGUGAAACUGCUGCAAGGUUAUCCCGAUACGACACCAAUUGUUUAUUUACGAAAUCCAAGAGGUUUAGAUGAAGAAACAGUUAAUCAAAUACAGUCUGAUGUUGAUACUAAAUGCAGAGAUUUUGUUGGUCAACCUGUAAUGUUUGAGUUAAUUGAGCUUGUUAGAGAGCACUUGACAAGAAGUAAUCUUCCAACUGGCCAAUGUGCAGUUUGUUUAUAUGGAUUUCAUGAAGGGGAUGAAUUUACAAAAACAGAAUGUUAUCAUCAUUUUCAUUCUCAUUGUUUAGCUGCUCAUGUUGCAGCAGCAGAACGAUAUUAUAGAGAAGAACAAGAGAAAUUACCAUUAUGGCAACAGGAUACAUCAAAUAAGUUCCAAGCUCUUUGCCCUGUUUGCCGUGAAUCGAUUAACUGUGAUGUGGAUAGUCUCGUCGGAGCACCACCUCCAAUCGAUGUUGAGGCUGCAUCAGGUUUUGCAGUAAGCCAGGAUCUUCUUGAAAUGCAGCAUCAAAUGGCGAAAUUGUUUCUACGUCAACAACGUCGUGGCGGCAUUAUAGACUUGGAGGCAGAAGGUGUGAAACUCUUGGUGAUGACCGAAGAUGAUUCCAAUGAUACGAUCGAGCAGUCCAAUUCAUCUGAAAGUAAUGCCAUUGCUAGUCAGUCAACUUCUAUGGAUAAACCAGUAAUUAUACCAGAGCGUCCAAAAAUAAAAAGCACUCCUACUGUACCUGAAUUUGUUCGAAAUGUAAUGGGAAGUAGUGCUGGAGCAGGUAGCGGUGAAUUUCAUGUUUAUAGACAUUUGCGAAGAAAAGAAUAUUCUAGGCAGAAAUAUAUUCAAGAAAAAGGACAAAGGGAACUUCUUGAUAAAGAAUACCAUGAAAGAUUAGAAGAAAAUAAAAAAUUGGCAGAUGCAACUACAGCUAAGAAACGUGCCAAAAGAUUAAAACGUAAAGAAAAAUUUAAGCAAAAAAAAUUUAAGAUAAAUAACAGUAUGAAUAAUCAGGAAGAAAAUAGCGAUGAAACUGAUGAUGACAAUCAAUGUUCUGAUGAUGAUAAAGAUGAAAAACUGAAUGUACCACAUGUAGAAGAAUUAUAAUAUUAAAAAAUAUAGGGUUGAUUUACAAAUUUACAAACCUGUUGUACAAGAGCAUCUCUAUGAGGAUAU